GUGUUUUAAUGAUAACGGUAUAGAAUGCUUUAUUUUUUCAUGUGGUAUUUUUUAAAAUGGCUGCUAAAAUGUUCAUUUGAAAGCCCUGCCCUUGCACACCCUCCCCAGAAGCCUUUAAAAUGUCUGAUUAGAAACAUUUAGUCAUAUUUAUAUACAAAAUUUCUAAAAUAUGCAAAACCACGGUGAAGAAGGUGCACUCUUUAACCAUUCAAGUAUCCAUUGUGAAUAUAGGUACACUGAGGAUGCCCCUCCAGUCUUUUUCCAUGCAGAGACGAAUGCAUGAAUUUUUCUAAAGUGGAUUCUUUUUGGUAACUGUUUUUCUUUUCCUGGCUACGUAGCAUGCCAUUAUUUGGCUGCAGUAAUUUAUUUAGUCGGUUUUUUUAUUCUCAGUUUUUCACUACUUAAACACAUUGUUGGUGAAUUGUAAAACCUGCACGUCCGUGAUUACUUCCUUAGUGUACAUUCCUAGAUGAUAGAAUUGUUGGGUUUUUUAAUGUGAAUUUCCCUCUGGAAAGGAUGUGCUAUUUUGCACUCCCACCAACAAUCUGUGAGUGUCCUUUUCCCCACCCUAGCAAAAGGCAACAUUUAAAGGAUUUCUAUAAGAACACUUUGGGGCCACUUAUAUUCUUCUCCAACCAAGUACAGGUAUCCUUCUCUGGCUAUCACCUCUUUUUUUUUUCCUUCUUAUUUGUUGAUGGCAAUUUGGUUUCUCAUCUUCUAUUUCACCUUUACCAGUUUAGUAAAGAAGGGUUAUCUAAGUGGGGCAAAGGCAUUAUAAAGUGAACAGAUUUGAAGUCAGGGCUUCCUUGAAUUCCAGUAUAUCUGAUUACCUUGAACAUGUCACUUACCUUUUCUAAGGGACUAUUUCCUCAACUCUGAAUUAGAGAUUAUAGUGCCUUUGCCUUACCUUUCUUACAGGGUGAUUUUAAGGGUCAAAUGAGACAUUUAUGGAGAGUAUAUUUAAACAUACUUUGUCUCAUUGCUAAUUAUUGCCAUCUUGUAAAAAUUUCAGAGCACAUAAGCAUCUUGAUUUUUUAAUGUAAAUUUCUGAAUUCAGAAAGCUGUUCUGGGCUUCCCUGGUGGCGCAGUGGUUGAGAGUCCGCCUGCCGAUGCAGGGGACACGGGUUCGUGCCCCGGUCCGGGAAGAUCCCACGUGCCGCGGAGCGGCUGGGCCCGUGAGCCAUGGCCGCUGAGCCUGCGCGUCCGGAGCCUGUGCUCCGCAACGGGAGAGGCCACAACAGUGAGAGUCCCGCGUACCACACACACAAAAAAAGCUGUUCUGUGAUACCCUUUGCCCCCACUCACCCCUUAAAUUUGAAGUAUUAUAAUGCUGCCCUAGAUUAUAUUGAAAAUGAUAUCAGAGUUAUGAAAUUAGGUGAAUGAAUGAAUCCACACAUGUUGAAGGAGAAAAUAUUUAAAGGCACUGUAUAUAAAGCUGAGGGGGACAGAUAAAAAGCUAAAUAAAACACAAUCCUUGGGAUCAUGAUAAAUAAAACAUAGUCUUUGUGCCCUACAGGCUACAGAAUAUCCAGGCAGCUAGGGAGCAUAAAAGCUGCUUUCCAAAUUUAGAUGGCAAUUUUAGAUGUGUUGCAGGAUGUCAACUAUUCUCAAGUGUGCUAAAGUCCAAUUCUGCUGACCGAGCAUCUACGCAAAUGACCAGGCAGUCUCUUCAGAGUCAUCUUUAUGAAGGUUGGUUAACUUUUAUGAGGAUUGGUCUCUUCACCUGUGAAAUGGAGUAGUUUUAUAGUCCUGGGGCCAGCAGAAUCCGCAUCACCUGGGAACUUGCUAGAAGUGGGGCCACCCCAGAAGAGAACCCAGCAUUGUGUGUUGUAACCAGCCUUUCAGUGUAAAAAGUGGAUAGUGGCUCACAUGUCAAAGGAUGGCACGGUCACGCUCUAGAUCCCCCAGGUGGAGGCACAGGUCUUUAUCACCAGUACCUAGAAAUUCUGAACACUACAAGCAAAGACCUGAGCAUUAUGGCUAUGAAUAUAGGAAGGAUCCAAAAAGAUCUGUCACUUGGAGAAUGGACAAUGAGAAACAUGGACAGAGUAAACCAAGGAUUCCUUCUCGUGAAACUCUACAUUACCGAUCUUAUGAACAUAGAUCAUCUUCCCCAAACAUAAGAAGAAACGCUUUAGAAAAUUUUUAUACUUACAAGCCUCCCCAAGUAUAUUUACCAGGAAGAGGGGAUGAUAGUAACAGAAGAUCUCAGUAUAUGCCCAAAUACUCAGAAGGUGUACUCUACAAGGAGCACCAGAGGAAUUGUUAUCCCCAGAAAGUGCAAGGAAGGUAUUUUCCUGAUGACCACAGAGUUAGAGGAAGUGGAAAAGGAGGGAAACCACCUCUGAGGUCAAUAGCAGAUUCUUUUAGAUUCGAAGGACAGUGGCAUGAAGAUGAAUUGAGGCACCAGAGGAUACAAGACGAAAAAUAUUCUCAGUCACUUAGAAGAGGCUCUGAAGAUUUUGAGAAAAGGAGCUCUUUUCAGACGAGGUAUCCUGAGGAUCGUGAUUUCAGAAAAUAUGGACACACAUCAAAAAGACCUCAAGACGUGGAGAGGUAUGAAAACAGAGAGCCUCCCAGGAGCCCGCAGUGGAAGUCCAGGCAUUUUCUCCCUUCUUACCAAGAGAAGAAAGAUCAGUGGAACCUUGGACCCCAAACUCUUCGAUAUGCUCCGAGGGAAUUCCCAGAGACCAGUUCAGCAGCCAAGGUAUCCUGUGACUAUCGCCACAAACAUCGUAAGACCUCAGAUGGGGACCAGGACUUUUAUGAUGGAAGAACUCAGAAGUACUCUAAGGAGGAAGAUAGAAAAUUCGGUUCUCAAAAAGGCCCUGUAAAUAGAGAGUCCGAUUGCUUUAAUGCUGGAAGAGGGAGAGAGACUGAAGGUGGGCAAGUCAAAGAGCCUUUUAAGCCAUCUAAGAAAGACUGCACUACCUGCACUCAUUCAGAUAAAAGCGACGUUGGUUUGAGACCCUGUAAUGACAAACGGAAGGACAAAAUAAAGAAAGAAGGGGCUGGCAGAAAAGAGAGCAACUCUUCCCAUAACCGACUUGAUAAGAGUAAAAAACUUUCUGACUCGAAACCUUCAUCUUCCGUUCUUCGGAAGAAAUCACUUACAGUUAAAGUAGAUGUGAAGAAAACAUCCAGGGUUGCUUCUAGCUAUUCCACAGAGAGACAGAUGUCACAUGAUUUGGUUGCUGUUGGCAGGAAAAGUGAAAACUUUCAUCCAGUGUUUGAACAUCUUGACUCAACUCAGAAUACUGAAAACAAACCUACAGGAGAAUUUGCUCAGGAAAUCAUAACUAUAAUCCAUCAAGUUAAAGCAGAUUAUUUUCCAUCACUUGGAAUUACUCUACAUGAGCGUUUCUCAAAAAUGCAAGUUACACAAGCUGCAGAUGUAAAUGAAUUUAAAUUGAACUCAGAUCCAGAAAUUCACAGGAGAAUAGAUAUGUCUUUCGCCGAGCUUCAGAGUAAACAAACUAUGGUAUAUGAUUCAGAACAGACUCUGGUCAAAAUAAUAGAUCCAAAUGACCUACGACAUGACAUUGAAAGAAGGAGAAAAGAACGGUUACAGAAUGAAGAUGAGCACAUUUUUCACAUAGCUAGUGCUGCAGAGAGGAGUGAUCAGCAUUCCAGUUUUACAAGGUUGAAGAAUACUCAUGUUGAUGGAUUCCAAAAAUCUACAUGUUUGGUAAAAUCAAAUUUUAGAAAAUUUAUUCAGAAACCUUACUUGAAUUAUCAUACUAUGCAGAGAAAAGACGUCAUUACUCACAAACCAUUUGGAAUUGAGGGAAACCAUCAAAAUACAAGAGGCUUUAGAAGAACUUUUAAGACCAACUUUAGAGGUGGCACAUUUCAGCCCCAGUAUAAAUCAGGCCUACUACAGAAGAGCUUGUGCAUUCAGGCUAAAUAUCAGCGUUUACGGUUUGCUGGUCCAAGCGGAUUUAUCACUAAUAAAUUCAGAGAAAGAUUACUGAGGAAAAAAAAGGAAUAUACAAACAUUGCCCCAGCAAUCUAAUCUGGAAUUGUUACAAGUGGAAAUGACACUACAGGAUGAUAUUUGGGAGCAUCUUUUUGUCAAGAGUUAGAAUUGGCACUAAAGCACUAAUACUGUAACUAUCUUGAUAAAAUAACUUUAUUUUUCCGUAGUGGAAUGCUGCAACUUUUUUACCCUUAACAAUUGCUUUUAAAUUACAGUAUUCAAUUUAAAAGUUGUAUUAACUACAGCUUCUUUUGCAAAAAGUCUCAAAAGGGCAUUAUUUGUUGAUGCAUUUUUCUCUGAGCAUGGUUUCAUAGAGAACUGAGUUAUAUCCAGACGUUUCUAUGUUGAAAGUUUUGCUUAUGUAAUAAAAACAAAAACAAAAGUACCUGAAUUGUAUAGUGUCUGUACAUGAAAGAACUUUAAACAGUGGCCUUACGUAGCAAUUUUUAUACCAGAUUUUUCUUUUUCUGAUGACAUUUUGGCUUACAACUUGAAGUUUUCUUAAGCUUCUGAAGAUCAAGGUCUAUAUAAUUCAUACAUUUCAUAUUAUGACAUAAGAAGACAUGAGAAAAGGUGCUUCAAAUUUUCCAUCAGGUAGUUAUGAGUGUACUGAAUUUUGAGUAAUUGGUUCGUUCAGUUUUUUUCCACAACUAUUUGCUCUUUUCCAACUUCAAAAUGCUAUUGUGGAAAAUACAUAAAGAUUUUAUAAUCUGUAUUCCAUCUUACUUUCCCUCAGGGUAAGCUCAUGCAUAUCAUAUUUUUAAAGGCUUUUAAAAAAACUGACAGACAAAAUCUCAUAUUCAGAAAUUGUACUUUACUACUACAGCAUUACACAUUUUGCAAGCACAUAUUAUAAAGUGUUUAUUUUCAGUUCAGUUGUAUUGAGUACCUACUAUGUGUAAGAUAACAUUGGUAGGAUUUUAAAUGAUAUUUUAGGUCUCAAUACCUUAUUUCUUUAUGUUUUCUGUGUUCUGCUUAAUAGUACAUAUACAUUCCCAAUUAAACUUUUGUGAAAUGUUUAAUUGUAAUUAAAUAAAAUACUGUUGCUCCUUCUG